AUCGCGAUCAGUGCUGGUAGUUUUGUGAGAACUGUCAAAAAGUGCCUAGCCCAUUAUGCUUCAUCAGCAUUUAUUCAUGAUUGCUGAACAGAAAUUUAGAAACUGACCAGUAUCUACCAAUAGUCAAAUGCAUUAGAGUGAAGCUCUUUAUUGAAAGGACCACGUAUAUCCUUAGGUCGAGGAAAGGUGCCGCACUGCAUUCAUGCAGUGUAGUUGAGGAAGAGGGUCGAAUAGAAGGCUUAUAUUUGUGAACAAUGGGCCUGACGUACAGCUUUGCACAAACUGUUCCUUUCAUUUCUACCAGACUCUGACCUGUUAUCUGACAAGUUACCUCUUGUUCUUUCUUAAGCACCUAUCUGAAAUCUCUGUUAUUAGGUGCAUUACAUUUACUAUGUACACUAAACAGCACACUGGCUUUAAUGCUGUAAAAUUGUGGUCUACUCUGCUGACCACUGCCAAUUUGUUGUUGAAAUGACAGAUUGCUCUGCAAAGCUGGCAUCCAGUGCAGACUCGGUCAAGCGGGAGGGGAUCAGCUGCUCGCUGUGCGGGACGGACCUGGUGACGGAAGACCAGUUGCGAGCACACCGUUGCAGUGAGAGGCCUCGUGGACGGGGCCGCUACGCGUGCCGCUACUGCCACUUCGCCUGCAACGACCGGCUCGAGCACAGCUUGCACCAGACACAGCACCUCAAGGACAGGCCGUUCAGCUGUGGUGUGUGCGGCAAGGCAUUUGCACGCAACAGUGACCGCAACAGGCAUGUCAAGAUCCACACGGGGGUCCGACCCUUCCAAUGCGACGUGUGCUCACGCAAGUUCCGACAGUCAUGGCACCUGCAGUAUCACCGCAGCACCCACACCGACUUCUGAU